GAUACCGAGGCGUGCGGCCUCCACUUCGCAGAUUUGGCCGUUCAAUCGAACGACGAGCUCAUGUGCCCCGUGGUGCCCACGCAGCUGGUCGAUGGCACCGUCGCCGGUGCGUGCAGAGAAGUCAUUCGGGACCUGGUCGCGCCCCAGAACUGCCCAGGCAAUCUCGGGAACGCCCAGUGCGAGAAGGAGGAGGAGGCAAAGCUGAACAAGUAUUUGUCGCGCGUGCGCGCCUGCGGCAGGGAUGGCGAGCGCUUCCCAGGUGGCAAGGCGAUCGACGUGGCGUGCGUCCAGCGCGCUGGGCGCAUGCUCGCG